CCUGUCAAGCUUUUUGUUUGUUUUACACGAACCUCACUUUCUAUUUUUAAUCCAAGACUGAUUAGAUCAAAAGCCGCACAUUUUUUUUAUUAUUUUUAUUUAAAAACUUAAACAAAAAGAAAUCGGAUUUCAGAUCUUUACAUCGUGGAGUCAUCAUUAAGAAACAUCCACAAUCCGUUCUUGUAAGAAACCCAAAGAUUCUAAGAAGCUGCGAGGAUUAAAAAAAAAAAAAAAAGGAGAGAAUCUGAGGGAAACCCAGAAAACUGGAAACGAAUUGAGGGAGACCCAGAACCGUGCCUCUGCAUUUUCCGCCACUUUCCCGGGAAAAAUGUCGCGCCUUGACGACAUACCUUCGAGUCCAGGCAAGUUCAAGAUGGACAAGUCGCCGUACUUGCACCGCGCGAGGUGGCAUUCAUCCCUCACCAAGCUCACAUUCUUCUCCUUCUUCCUCCUCUGCCUCAUACUCGUAUUCUUCCUCCGAUCUCCGCCGUCGAAUUCUUCGCCGUCGGAUCCAUCUCGCCGCUCGCUCCGAAACUACAGCUACGGAGGACCCGCUUGGGAGAAACGGGUCCGAGCAUCCGCCCAAAUCCGAACCUCCAACGGCGCCAUGACCGUCCUCGUCACCGGAGCCGCCGGCUUCGUGGGAACUCACGUCUCCGCCGCGCUCAAGCGCCGCGGCGAUGGCGUCGUGGGUCUCGACAACUUCAAUGACUACUACGACCCUUCUCUGAAACGAGCCCGCCAAGCGCUGUUGGACCGAAGUGGCGUCUUCAUCGUGGAAGGAGACAUAAACGACGUCGCAUUACUCAGGGAGCUCUUCAGGCUCGUGCCGUUCACCCACGUCAUGCACUUGGCCGCUCAGGCCGGUGUACGGUACGCCAUGGAGAACCCUAGCUCCUACGUCCACAGCAACAUCGCCGGGUUCGUGAAUCUCCUCGAGGUGUGCAAAUCCGUGAACCGACAACCUGCGAUCGUGUGGGCUUCGUCGAGUUCUGUCUAUGGCCUCAACACGAAGGUCCCGUUCUCCGAAAAGGACAGAACUGAUCAACCGGCAAGCUUGUACGCUGCCACGAAGAAAGCCGGAGAAGAGAUCGCUCACACGUACAACCACAUCUACGGCCUCUCUCUCACCGGGUUGAGGUUCUUCACGGUGUACGGACCUUGGGGAAGACCAGACAUGGCGUAUUUCUUCUUCACGAGGGACAUUCUUCAAGGGAAAACGAUUCCGAUAUUCGAAGCGGCCAAUCACGGGACGGUGGCGAGGGAUUUCACGUACAUCGACGAUAUAGUGAAGGGUUGUCUGGCGGCGCUGGAUACGGCGGAGAAGAGCACCGGAAGCAGAGGGAAGAAGAAGGGGCCUGCUCAGCUGAGAGUGUUCAACCUGGGAAACACUUCGCCGGUUCCGGUAUCGGAUCUCGUCGGAAUACUGGAGAGGCUGCUGAAGGUGAAGGCGAAGAGGAACAUAAUGAAGAUGCCCAGAAACGGAGACGUUCCGUUCACUCACGCCAACAUUAGCUCAGCUCAACACGAGCUCGGGUACAAGCCCAGUACGGAUCUUCAGACAGGUCUCAAGAAGUUUGUCAGAUGGUACGUGAGUUACUACUCUGGUGGUGAUGGGAACAAAGCUGAUGCUAGAUGAUGUUUCUUCAGUUGUGUCUGAACUCUCCUCCGUUCGUUGUGAUUCUUGUUUUCGAUCUCGUUUUCUUUAAUUUUUUUUUUUUUGAGUUGUCAUCGUCGUUGUUGCUUCCGGCGAUGAGCCUAUUGCAGACAGAUUUUGAAAUGAAAUGAUGAGAUAAUACAAUAACCUUAUCACGUUUCCACACAAACCCAAAUGAAAGAAAAGCCAAAGAAGCAGUAGAGAUUCUGCAUGAGCUCAGUGCCGUAAGAGAACCAUGAACCAGUCUGGUGAUAAAUAAAACACUCUGUGUUCUCAAAAUGUUCAAAAUCUCAUUGUAACCCGACAAAACUAGAAAGGCAAAAAAAAA